CCCAACAUGUCUCUCCCCUCGAACGGCCGACGUAAAGUCUGCAACCGCAAACCAGUCUCAUCUUGCCAAGAGAAAGAGACAGAGACAACAGGCACGAUCUCACCCCCUUCCCAACCAAACUCCGAGUCACCACAAGCCCCCAGCACAGCAGCUCCCGACCCAGCAGCGUUCCCAACCACCGGAGCCCUCCCCCCAAUCCCGCUCCCCUCGCGCUUCAGCAUCGAACAGAUAACCAUCCCAGCGGAAAAGGCCAACGCGAUCGAAGAGAUCCAAAACACGACCAUCUACAGCAACGACAACAGAACCCACCCCUCCCCGUUCCGCACCCAGACAAUGUGGAUCAAAGACGCGACCUACGUGACUCGAGUCGAGUGGAUGGGGCCGGGGACGCGCGAGCUCCGGGGCGACGAGUGGGAGACGGUGUGCAUGGUGGAGCUGUGCGGGCAAUUCCGGUACGUGCGCGACGAGGUGCGCUCCAUCAAUCACCACCAGCCGCUCUUCGGGUAUAUCCGUCGGGGCGCGUCGGUGCAGUUGUUCAGUGAGUCGUUGCGGGAGGAGGAGGAGGAGGAGGAGCAGGUUGCUGAUAGUAGCCGUAGUACGGAUAGCGGUAGUCACGGCGACGACGAUAUGACGCUCGAGCGGUAUCACUUUGACGGGAGAAGUACCUUCGAAUGGUACGAUGAUCUGCUUGUGGUUUGUCGGCCUUGGUUACUGGGCAUUCCGGCGCAGGAGUUCACGGCGAGGCAGGCGGAGUGGUGUCGGGGGUUUCCUGCGGCGGAAGGUAAUGCGGGGGAUGGUGGUGGGGGGCCCGCUGUGCCGGAUUGCGGUGAUGAGUGGCUUCGUCGUCUUGCGGGUGGCUUGGAUGGUGUCAUCCUUUACCUAGAAAGUCUGCUUCGGGGUGAGGUUGAAGAUGUUGAUCUGCAUAGGACUGAGGAGAUGACGACCUUUCCGCUUCUUUGGCUCAGUGAGCUCUGGAUGUAA